UCUUCAUCUGAUGGUGCUUUAUUAGCAAGACAUGUAUUAUUAAAAUCUGAAAUUCCUAUUGAAAAACCUGCAUUAAGUGUUAAUCGGUUAUGUGGAUCAGGAUUCCAAUCAAUUGUCAAUGCUGCUCAGAGUAUAACAAGUGGAGAAUCUGAAAUAGUACUAGCAGGUGGUGCAGAAAAUAUGAGCCAGACGCCUUUUGUAGUAAGAAAUGUUAGAUUUGGAACAAUGUUGGGCCAAAAAAUAGAUUUUGAAGAUGCGCUGUGGGUAGGCUUAGCUGACAGUUACUGCAAUUUGCCAAUGGGCGGCACAGCGGAGAAAUUAGGAGCCAAAUAUGGAGUUACAAGGGAAGAAGUUGAUCAGUUCGCUUUACGGAGUCAGCAACGUUGGAAAGCCGCCAAUGACGCGGGUUACUUCAAAGCUGAGAUGGCACCAGUUUCAAUGACCAUAAAGAAGAAACAAAUUGAAGUGUCUGUCGACGAACACCCUCGCCCACAAACUACAAUUGAAGAUUUGAAAAAAUUA